CCCACAACUGUGUUCCACAGCCUCCAACUCAGCGAAACCGAGAGGAGUAUGGCAACUUCCCCGACCCAGGAUGACUUGAACGAAUGUGCCUUUCAACCAAAGGCACCCGUACCCAGACAGUAACCAACAACUUCAGCUUCCUUGAGACGCCUCGUCAAGGCGGGAGUACUUGGCUCACAUAUUCACACAAUGAGAUUCCGCGACGGACAAUGGCUGGUGGCCGAGGGGGUGCGCAUCGAGUAUGCCGAAGAAGUAUACCGCAUCACGCCGACGCCAUCGGGCAAAGGAAUCAGCCUCCUCUGCCCGACACGCAAGAUCAUGAGACGCGGAGACACGCUGAAUUUGGCGACACUCAGUGUGGACAUCGAAGCCGUUUUCGACGGCGUCAUCUCCGUCGAGGCCACACAUUGGCAAGGCGCCGUUCGCCGCGGCCCCGAUUUCGAUCUUUUCCCAGCGGGGCGACCCGAUAUUGAUGCAAAGGUCACACGCAGCGAGAAUGGCACCACCUUGUCUGCGGGGGGCCUUUCGACGACUGUCAGCGGCAAGCCGCACGAGUUCGACAUCUCAUUUCACCCGACGGACAACAAGAAGCCCCUGACCACUCUGCUGAAUCGGUCCGUUGGCUUGGCCUACGCCCCAGCGCCGAGCACGCCGAUGCAGUUGGCCGACAUGCGCAACCUCAAGCAUUACAUUUUCACUCAAACAACACUUGGGGUCGGCGAGUCCAUCCACGGCCUCGGCGAGCGUUUCGGCCCUUUCAACAAGGUCGGCCAGAAGGUUGACCUAUGGAACGCGGAUGGGGGUACCUCGUCAGACCAGGCAUACAAAAAUAUUAGCUUUUGGAUGAGCUCUCGGGGCUAUGGCGUCUUCAUCGACACUCCCGAUCGCGUCGAGCUCGAGAUCGGAAGCGAGCGGUGCUGCCGCCUCCAGACGAGCGUCGAAGGCCAAAGACUCCGUUGGUUCAUCAUCUACGGCCCCUCGCCCCGGGAGAUCCUCCGCAAGUACUCGAUCCUGACUGGCGCUCCGGGCGGUGUGCCGAGCUGGUCCUUUGGCCUCUGGCUCAGCACCUCCUUCACUACCUCUUACGAUGAAGAAACGGUGAACAGCUUCCUCUCGGGAAUGAAGGCGCGAGACAUCCCUGUCGAGGUCUUUCACUUUGACUGCUUCUGGCUCAAGGCCUUCCAGUGGUGCGACUUUGAGUUCGACCAAGACAUGUUUCCGGACCCCAAAGGCCAGAUCUCGCGCCUCAAGGCCGACGGCAUCGUCAAGAAGGUUUGCGUCUGGACGAACCCCUACCUCGGACAGGCAUCUCCGGUAUUUGCCGAAGCCGCCGCCAAGGGCUAUCUCCUGAAGCGCAAGAACGGAGACGUGUUUCAAUGGGAUAUGUGGCAGACGGGCAUGGGCAUCGUUGAUUUUACCAACCCCGACGCCUGCGCCUGGUAUGUCAGCUGCCUAGAAAAGCUAUUCGACAUGGGCGUUGAUUCCAUCAAGACGGACUUUGGCGAGCGCAUCCCUUCCGAAGACGUGCAAUGGUCUGACCCUUCCGUGGACCCCAAACGGAUGCACAAUUACUACGCUUUCAUCUACAAUAGGGUGGUCUACGAGACGCUUCAGAAACGCUACGGUGCAAACGAAGCCGUCUUGUUUGCCCGCGCCGCCACAGCCGGCACCCAGCGAUUCCCCCUGACUUGGGGUGGCGACUGCGAAUCCACCCCCGAAGCUAUGGCCGAGUCACUGCGCGGGGGCCUGUCCCUUGGCCUUUCUGGUUUCGCUUUCUGGAGUGUCGACAUUGGUGGUUUUGAAGGACACCCCCCGCCAUGGAUCUACAAGCGAUGGGUAGCAUUCGGCCUCCUCUGCUCACACUCCCGUCUCCACGGGUCAAACUCUUAUCGUGUACCCUGGACGGUUGACAACGACGACAACUCGGAGGAAGGAUGCUCGGCUACGCUUCGGAAGUGGACCCAUCUCAAAGCCCGCCUGAUGCCAUAUCUGUUUUCUCAGGCCCAGCAGUGCGUGCAGACCGGGCUCCCGCUCAGCUUGAGAGCCAUGUGCAUUGAGUUCCCCGAUGACCCGACGGCGUGGACACUGGAUCGCCAAUUCAUGCUCGGGGACAGCCUCCUCGUUGCCCCCGUGUUCGAGGAGGAUAAUACAGUCCAAUUCUACUUGCCCAAGGGUAGCUGGACCAACCUUUUCACAGGAGAGGUCAAGAGUGGCCCCGGGUGGUUCACCGAGACUCACGGAUUUGGGACGCUGCCGCUCUAUGUCCGGCCGAACACCUUGUUGGUCCUGGGGAAGGAAGGUGAAACGAGAACCGUAUAUGACUACUCGCGAGACGUUGAGGUCAGGAGUUAUUUUGCAACGGAUGGCGCAACCGCCAUCUUGGUCGAUAACCAGGGCAGCACGCUUGGUACUUUGAAGGCAGAGAACGGCGAGAUUAUCGGGAGGGAGCUACUAAAGGGCGACUCGGUCUUCACCACUGUCGUGAAAUCCUAGAAUCGGGAAGCCUUCGGAGUCAUGUCAAGCGAGAGCAGGGUUUACGGAGGCAUCCCUCACCAAGCCCCCUGUAGGUAACUUUCCGUGAGCUUUCGCCUUUGGAUCACGGCUGGGCGUAGAUUAGUGAGGACACUGGUUUGAAAAAGAAUGGCGAUUGGUCCUCGUUUAGGUACUCUACUCGAGACUGAUCUCCGCGCGAGUUUGCAAGUAUGUUGGUUUUCUCUG